GUAGCAACGUCAACAAUAAUGAUCAUGAGUACAAUGUUAAGAGUAUGUUUGCGUCGUUUCGUCGUUGAACAGGUCCUCUGUGCCAGCAACGCGACCAGCUGCUCCCCCAGGCCAGCCUGCACAACCUCCACCAGCAGCAAUGGCGCAGCCACAGCAACCAGGUUUAUUCGCACAAAUGGCGACGACGGCAGCUGGCGUGGCCGUAGGCUCUGCUAUUGGUCACACGAUUGGAGCUGCGAUGACUGGAGGUGGAGGAAGCUCCCAGCCAGAAGCCGCUGCCGCUGCCCCGGCGGCACCAGCACAGCCGCAGCAGCCAGAGUUCCAGCCAUGCUCGUUCGAGAUGAAACAGUUCAUGGAGUGCACGCAGGGGCAGAGUGACAUCUCCUUGUGCCACGGCUUCAAUGAAGCGUUCAAACAGUGCAGGCAGUCCCACGGGCUAUAACCCAGGUUCUUCAGGAAGCAGUAUAUAUUGGUGGAGCCAUAUGGUGGACACUUGUCCAAUAGCAUAUAAAUUAUAAUAUAUUUUAUUUUACAAUGACUGCUUUACAAAAAGUAAUUUACAGAAACUGCUUUUAAUGUAAAAAUCAUGUAGAAACAUUUCUGACCGCAGUGUUUUAUCCAUUUGUUUUCCUAUGAUAUAGAUCAUAGACAAUGUAAAUUCUGCAAUAGCAAUCUGCUAGAUAUGUUACUGAGGUGUUUGACCAGGAUAUUACUGAACCCUACAUGAUAUUUGUUAUGCGCUCAAAGGUCAAAUGUUAUCAAGAAUCGCUGAGCUUACAUCUUGACCUCAACUUGAGAAUUUCUUGCCCUCAUGGAAAAAACACGAUCAGUGUAAGCAUGGUCAAGUGAGGUGGAUUGUUACGUGAUAUUCUAAUAGCAAAUAAACCCAUUAAGUUUGUGAUCGACUGUUACCAAAAA